AUGGACGCGUGCAAGCGCCCGUCCGAGGUCAGCGAGGCGUCGCCCGCGAGCAAGCCCGCGGCGUCGAGCCGCAAGCGCCCGCGCGACGACGGCGCCCCGCCCGCGCCGAAGCCCUUCCUCGGGCGCGUGAAGGAGAUCUGCGCGAAGUGCACCGACGAUUCCCAGCGCCUGGGCUGGGACGAGUACUUCGCGUCCAUGGCCCUGCUCGCGUCCGCGCGGAGCCCCUGCGAUCGGCUCCACGUCGGCUGCGUCAUCGUCCGCGACCGCCGCGUGCUGGCCAUGGGCUACAACGGCUUCUUUCGGAACGCGCCGCACACAUCGAUCGUGGCGCACGGCCACGAGCAGGCGACGGUCCACGCGGAGGUCAACGCCGUGUCCCACGCCGCGCGCACGGGCAUCGCGCUCGACGGCGCCAGCGCCUACAUCACGCACUACCCCUGCGUCAACUGCUUCAAGACGCUCGUCUCCGCGGGCAUCAAGGAGGUCCGCUACAUCGACGACUACCGCAACGACCCCAUCAACGCCCAGCUGUCCGACGUCGCCGGCGUGCCCAUCGAGCAGCUGUAG